AUGAAGAAGUUUGAAUGGUGUCCUCUAUGCCAUCAUUCAAAUGGAGAGCGCCGAUGCAGAUAUAUUUUUGAGGAUCUGCUAGGUAAGAAAUUCUCGCCAUGUAGGGCUAAGUUCUUAGAUGGGCUACACUUGGAUGGAUAUAAUGAGGAAUUGCGUCUUGCAUUCGAAUUUCAUGGUCCUCAACACUAUCAUAACAAUAGUCUAUAUCAUCGGGAGAAUGAAACUUUAGAAAUACAAAAGAUACGCGAUCAGAAGAAGCGGGGCAUCUGCAAGAAUCAAGAAAUAUGCCUCAUCGAAGUUCCCUAUACAGCUGAUCUCCUGUCCUAUAUCAGACAUGCUCUAAUCGAGAAAGGGUUCUUGAAAGAGGCGAAGAAUUAA